GCAGCGUCCCCUCCCUGCUCUGCGGCUCAGGCUAGCGGCGAAACCGCGGGAGAAAUCCGUCAUUAAAGGAAGGAAUACACUCACGGCUGGGGAAACUAGAGGGCAUCACUGCCCUGGGCUGCGAUUCCCAGAAACCAAAUCCCAGUUUCCAGGGCGGGGCCAUGCUUGUUCGGUUUAUUUAAUCAGAAACACUCCCGGAGUUGCCACGAGAGGGUUCCAGGACAGCGUAUCCAGCGGAUUCCGGUGCAUUAACACAGUCCAAGCACUCUCACACCGUGAAGCCUGAGAGCGGGAUGCAGCCCCCGGCAGCAGCCGGAGCUUUCCGGGGAUCCCCAUGGCAUCCCCAAAAAGUGGCACCUCCUGGCCUCAACCCUGUGUUUGUGGGAGAUGGAGGUGUCGCCGCCGCUGUCCCCGAGCCCGAGAGAUGCAGCAGCAGCUGCCGCCCUACGAGGUGCUGCCGGGGGAGCUGAGCAUGGAGGAGAUGUCCCGGAGCACCACGGUGAUGGUGGAGGAGACCCCGCAGCCGCCGCCGCCCCGGGACCACCUGGUGUGGUCCCUGUUCACCACCCUGUACGGCAAUUUCUGCUGCCUCGGCCUCCUGGCGUUCGUCUUCUCCGUCAAGUCCAGGGACCGCAAGGUGCUGGGUGACUACAGCGGGGCCCUGAGCUACGGCUCCACGGCCAAGUACCUGAACAUCGCGGCCCUGGUGAUCAACAUCUCCAUCGUCAUCAUCGUCAUCGUCCUCGUCUCCCUGGCUGUCUCCGGGGUCUUCAACCCACCCCCUCCCCGGUAUGGGUACGGGUACGGGUACAGCCACACUUAAGUGCCCUCCUUACCCUGCGGGCUGUGCUUCCCUCCCCGGCGCCAGCCCGGCCUUGGAGCGACAAUCCACGCCAGUCCACGUGCCUCACCUGGAGCCUGCUGCUCGCCUGUCCCUGCUCCCUCCCCACUCGGAGCUUCUGUGGAGGCCUUGCUGCUGGCUGCCCUCUCUGGAGCUGUCUGGGGACGGAGAGUGCUCCCCAGAGAGCAGCUGAGCACCCCAAGCCUGCCGCAGCCUGCUUGUUGCUUUGCUCUGGGCCUGGAGCCCCAGCUGCCUCCAAAUAAUUCUGAGGAGAAGCACCUGGUUUCAGAGAAACCCUGGUUCCUAAAAUAAAGGUUUCUUUCACUUUU